AUGGCAUUCCCCAGUCCCUUCGCCAUCUCCCGGCGGUUAUGGACCAGUGCUGCCAGUUCCGCCACCUCCGCCCUACGGCCAAUGCCUCGCGGCUGUCUGGCGUAUAGCGGCAACCAGAGAUGCACCAUGGCGACGACGGUGGCACCGCCAGUCACGCAGGAUGCGACGGGUGCGAAGGGCCCGACUGCGAUGGUUUUCCUGAAUAUGGGUGGCCCAUCGACAACGGACGAGGUGGAGGAUUUCCUCGGCAGGUUAUUUGCUGAUGGCGACCUCAUUCCCCUUGGAAGAUUCCAAUCAUACCUCGGGCCUCUCAUCGCGCGUCGACGAACCUCGAAGAUUCAACAGCAGUAUUCAGAUAUCGGUGGUGGCUCACCAAUCCGGAAAUGGUCCGAGUACCAAUGUAAAGAGAUGUGCAAACUGUUGGACAAGAUGUCUCCAGAGACCGCGCCGCACAAGCCCUACGUCGCUUUCCGCUAUGCCGCUCCCUUGACCGAGACCAUGUAUAGUCAGAUGUUGGCCGAUGGUUUUGGAAACGGCAAAGGAGGCCGUGCGGUUGCCUUUACUCAAUACCCUCAGUACUCUUGCUCCACAACUGGAAGCUCGCUGAAUGAGCUGUGGAAGUGGCGCAAUCGUCUAGAAGGAAAGCGUGCUAAUGGUGAAGUCGAUCCUGCUGGUGCUGUCCAGUGGAGUGUCAUUGACCGGUGGCCCACCCACUCUGGCCUGGUCGAAGCGUUUGCGCAGAACAUCGAGGCUCAGUUGAAGACCUACCCGGAGGAGAAGCGGAACGAGGUUGUGUUGCUGUUCUCUGCCCACAGCUUGCCCAUGGACGUAGUCAACCGAGGUGACCCCUACCCGGCCGAAGUUGCUGCGACUGUCCACGCUGUGAUGCAACGCCUGAAGUUCAGCAACCCCUACCGCCUCUGCUGGCAAUCUCAGGUUGGCCCGAAGGCAUGGCUCGGAGCCCAGACCCAGGAUACCGUGAUGGAAUAUGUCAAGCGCGGCCAGUCUGAUCUGAUCCUUGUGCCUAUCGCGUUCACCAGCGAUCACAUCGAGACGCUGUAUGAGUUGGAUUUGGAGGUUAUGCACGAAGCUAAUAGCCCGGGCGUUAAGCGGGCAGAGAGCCUGAACGGUAACCCGGUCUUCAUCCAGGCCCUGGCCGACAUUGCUCACGAACAUCUGCAGAAGGGCGAGUCAUGCUCUCUGCAGAUGACUCUGCGCUGCCAAGGUUGCAAGAGUGACCGAUGCCUGGAGCAGAAGAAAUUCUUUGCGGGCAAGCACGCUUCGCUGGUGAUGUAA